AGAAUAGGACUGGGGUCCGAGACAUUCCUGCCCGAGACAGGUCUCAGAGAAGAGCGCUGUAGGGUGGAGGCCCCUAGUACUUACUGAGGUGCCAAGAAGCGCCAUCUGGCUCUGCCCAGCCUGUACUCUCCCCUGGGCCAUCCUGGUUCCUAUAGGAGAGUCACGGAGUUGCUGAGACGUGGGCAGGCUGGACUCACGUCAGUGCUUGUGCCUACAGAGAGGUGAGGUUGGUCUUCUAUUUGGGGGAGAACCAAUUUUGCGUUGUAGGAUUCAAUUUUGCAUUUCCUGGCUCUGCCAACCAAACAGCGAUUUGUGAUUUAUUUUCCUAGAAUCCCAUUCAUAAAUGCAGCUACCCCUAGGGCACGUUAUCCCCCUGUGGCUGAGAACCCUUUUCAGCCCCCAGAGCCAUGAAGGGCCAUUUGUCCACGUCUGACUCUCAGUCAGGACUGCUUCUCUCCCCUGCACCUCGCCGACAACUCCACAGUCUGAAGAUACUGCCAUGUGGCCAGAGGCAGGAAAGCCAAGUAGUGAGUGACACACACUGGCUCUGAGCCCCCACUCUGGUCCUCACUGUCGACGUGGCCCAAGCACUCCAGGUGUCAUGUGGUGUCAUGGCUGCUGCCGGGGGAAGAGGGAUGCGCCGCAGGCCACAGGCUUUUACUCCCUAAACCCAAACCCACGGGAAGCACUUGGAAUGGUCCCCCGGCCACUCACAGCCAAGUGUACGGAGAAACCCACACUCCUCGGUCUGCAGAGGAAGCCAGCAUGGACAACACAACUGCCACGAGCUACUAUGACCCGACCACAGAGUAUGACUACGGGGACACAAGCCCAUGCCAGAAGCAAGAGGUGAGGGCCUUCGGGGCCCAGCUGCUGCCCCCCUUGUAUUCACUGGUAUUCAUCAUCGGCCUGGUGGGCAACAUCCUCGUGGUCCUGGUCCUCAUGCAGAACAAGAGGCUCAAAAGCAUGACCAGCAUCUACCUCCUCAACCUGGCCGUGUCAGACCUGCUCUUCCUCUUCACGCUGCCCUUCUGGAUCGACUACAACCUGAAGGAUAACUGGGCGUUCGGCAACGCCACCUGCAAGUUCCUCUCGGGCCUCUACUACAUGGGCUUGUACAGCGAGAUCUUCUUCAUCAUCCUGCUGACCGUGGACAGGUACCUGGCCAUCGUCCACGCCGUGUUCGCCCUGCGGGCCCGGACUGUCCCCUUCGGCAUCAUCAGCAGCGCAUUCACCUGGCUCCUGGCCGUGCUGGCUUCCAUCCCAGGCCUGUAUUUUUCCAAGACCCAGUGGGAGUUUUCUCAUUAUACCUGCAGUCUCCACUACCCCUAUGAAAGUCUCCGCCAGUGGAAACAGUUCCAGGCCCUGAAGCUGAAUCUCCUGGGGCUAGUGAUGCCCCUGCUGGUCAUGACGGUCUGCUACGCAGGCAUCAUCAAGGUCCUGCUGAAGCGGCCCAACGAGAAGAAGGCCAAAGCCGUCCGUCUGAUUUUUGUCAUCAUGGUCAUCUUCUUUCUUUUCUGGACGCCCUACAAUCUGGCUGUGCUCGUUUCCGCCUUCCAGGACUCCUUCUUCACCGACGAGUGUGAGCAGAGCAAGCAGCUGGACCUGGCUAUUCAGGUCACGGAGGUGAUCGCCUACACGCACUGCUGCGUCAACCCCAUCGUCUACGUCUUUGUGGGCGAGAGGUUCCGCAAGUACCUGCGCCAGCUGUUCCACCGGCAUGUGCCCCUGCCUCUGGCCAAGUGGGUCCCCUUCCUCUCCGCCGAGAGGUUGGAGAGGACCAGCUCCCUGUCUCCCUCCACAGGGGAGCACGAACUCUCUGCUGGGUUCUGACUAGGACCACUGGGUUCUGAGUCCAGAAGCCAGCAAGAGUGGCCUGCUGGAACCAGGCUGCAGGAGGGUUUGCUGGAAGGGUAGCUCUCCCUCCCGCCAGCUCCUGACACCCAAGGAGGGAGCUCGGGUUUAUGAGGGGGACUUGGGGUAGACGGAAUUGCUCUGGGCCUCGAAUCUUCUCCCCAAACUUCUCAAAUAAACAAGGCUCCCAUAUGUUGGAACAACACGGUCCAAGGAAGGGCUUGUACCCACAGGGGAUUCCAUCAACAUUUGCAAACAAAACCUCUGUGACAUCCACACAUAGCCCCACCCCACCACCAGCGAAGCUGGAAGUCAUGAUUCCCGCCCGACACUGAACUUGAACCCGGAGCCAGUGAGGAAGCAGCUACCACCCCGCCCACCUUCCCCUCAACCCCCACCCCCACUGCUGGGUUAAGACUUGUGUAACCUCCUAGAACAAGAGAACUUGAGCACUGGUGGCAGAGCUUGAAGGGAGAACUUGAGGACUAAUAGGAAGUCAGGGUGGGGAACUGUUUUGGACAGUGGAACUAAAAAAAAAAAAAAAAGUUUGUAUUUUCACUAAAAUAAAUCCUUUCAGACUG